AUGAGUUUACUUAAGUUGAAGGAAAUGGUUAAGAGAAAAGCAGAGCUAGGUGAUAAGAUUAAUUUUGUUCGUGAUGCAAUCUUAAAAAAUCAGUUGGGAGAACAAAUGAGCCAGGAAUCUUUUCAAAAGGUAUUCAAACCAAUAACUUCUAAACUAGAUGAUGUUGCGUUGGGUAAUUUGAAACUGCCAGCUGUUCAACGAAAACGUGGUAGAAAAAUGGCAGUCCCUGAUUAUGGAAUUCCAUUAUACGAUGAAGAUAUUCCUGAUUAUGAAGUAGUCGAUCUAUUUGAUGAGGAAGAAAUACAGCCAGAAAAAAAUAAGCAGUUAGUGCCAAAACCAACUACCUAUGAAGAAUCAUUAGCGGAUAAGAAAAAAAGAGGAAAACAAAUCUAUGUUGAUCCUCAAUAUUUACCACCGGAGCCAGAAGAUUUGCCUCCAGAAUAUGAUGAGGAUGAAGUUCCUGACUAUGCUUUGGGUGAGGAAGACAGAACUGCUAAAAUUUUGAAAGACCUGGAAAUCGCUGAUUGUGAUAAUGUUAAUAAGUUUCUAAGUCAGCCUGAAAUGACACCCCAAAAGACAAGAAGUUAUCUUCAUAACGUAAUAGUUAACGCAAAUUUUCGGAGAAACCAGGUGAAAGGUUAUAAGGCACGAGUUACUCUCGCAUAUAAACAGGGUCAGAUAGGAGAAGCAGAGAGGGCUCAGGAAAUUAAAAGAAUAGAUGAUGCAAGAGUUUUCUUAAACCAGUAG